AAAAGAAUAUUGACCUUGAUAAGUUAUAUAACCGAAAUUUCUUUGAUUGAUUCUGAAGUUGCAAUUUAGAGAAAGAGAAUGAAGCAAUCAAAGGAUCCAUUCGAAGCAGCAUUCGAAGAAUCACCACCUGAAUCCCCAAUCGAAACAGAACCAGAUCCAGAUGCAGAUACAGAGAUUCCAAUUUCAAAUUCAUUGAAUUCACAACCCAUUCAUACCAACGAAGAAGAAGAAGAAGAAGACAAUCAUGUCAAAAACACUACUUCCAUUAACACCGCCAUAACCACAACAAAGAAUAAUAAUAAUAAUAAUAAAGAUGAUGAAGAAGAUGAAGAAGAAGAUAACAUGGAUGUUGAACUCGCUAAGUUUCCUACUGCUGGUGAUCCUCAUAAAAUGGCUACGAUGCAGGCUAUUUUGUCACAAUUCACUGAAGAACAAAUGAGUAGAUAUGAGUCAUUUCGUAGAGCUGGAUUCCAGAAAGCUAAUAUGAAACGGUUAUUAGCAACCAUCACCGGGUCCCAAAAAAUCUCGAUUCCAAUUACGAUUGCAGUAUCAGGGAUUGCAAAAGUGUUUGUGGGUGAAGUUGUGGAAGCAGCUAGAACAAUUAUGAAGGAAAGGAAGGAAUCUGGACCAAUCCGGCCAUGUCAUUUGAGAGAAGCGCAUAGACGACUGAAGCUUGAAGGAAAAAUCUUUAAGAGAACAACCUCGAGGCUAUUCCGGUAAUGGACCAAAUAUGAUUUUCAGGGUCAUAUGAUUGGCUUGCAACAGUGGCAUGCAGGCAGGAAAAAUAGUUGAUCCAACUUAUCCAAUCAACUUGAAUUAGUGAAUUAAUGUUGGUAGGUAAAAUGGAAACCUUUCCCUAUUCCUACAAAAUAAAUUAUGUAUAAUAGACUUGAGCAACAUAUUUUCUUUCUAGUUGAGUGAAAUAUCAAGAUUUAAUGUAUUCACUGUAUUAUUAUAAUCUACUACCUUUUCUUCAUCAA